UAAAAAAAAUCCAAAAUAUAAUAUGGAAAACAUCAAAAACCCUAAAAACACGGACGAUUCCGAUGGCAUGUCUAGAAGUCGUCAUCAAAUCGUUGAUAACUCCCUGUCAAGAUCUUACAUAUGCAGUUUCUGCGUGAGGGGCUUCUCGAAUGCUCAAGCACUAGGAGGGCAUAUGAACAUCCACAGAAGAGAUAGAGCUAACCUCAGACAAAAGCUUAUGGAAGAUAAUAAGGAUGAUGUUGUCGCCGAGAAUGAAUCAUCAGGAGAUGUCUCUCUAGACCUCAAUGAAAAACAACAACAAGAAGCUUUGGCAUGUGAUGAUGAUGAAAAUGAUCAAGAUGCGGACAAAGAUACAUGUCCUGGUAAAAAAAUAGUGUUUCGUGUUCAAAAAAGCAAGCUUGAUAUUAACGAUGAUGGAAAAGUUAGCAUAGAUGGUUCGAGUUCGAGUCAACAUCUUGAGAAUGAAAAUUUGGAUCUUGAGCUCCGGUUAGGUCAAAGCGCCGUGGCGAAGAAGACAACAUAAUCUCUCAACGAUCAUCAUACAUUGAAUGUAUAUAUAUCGAAAGGAACAAAGAACCUUGAAACAUCAGACUCAAGAAUCCAUCUAUUACAAAUG